AUGCCUGGAAUCCUCCCUAUGAAGGUCAUCAAGGUGGGCUCUAGCUCCCAGAGCCGCAUCGCCCAGGCCUGCGAUCGCUGCCGCAGCAAGAAGAUCCGCUGCGAUGGCAUCCGGCCCUGCUGCUCUCAGUGCGCCAAUGUCGGCUUCGAAUGCCGGACAAGCGAUAAGCUCAGCCGGCGCGCCUUCCCUCGAGGCUAUACCGAGUCGCUGGAGGAGCGGGUGCGCACCUUGGAGGCUGAGGUGAAGGAGCUGAAGGACCUGCUGGAUGAGAAGGACGAGAAGAUCGACAUGUUGUCGAAGAUGCGCUCGAACCGGAGACCUUCCAUGUCUUCGGCAACGCCCUCUCCCCGGAUGGAGAACCCGAAGGAACCGUCUGCUACGCCCCCGAAGGAGGAUGUAUUCAGGGUUCAAGCUUCCCCGGUCUUGCUGGGACCGGAAAACGCGGACUCGGGCUCGUACUUCGUGGGUGCAUCAAGUGGGAGAGCUUUUGUCGAUACCUUCAAGCAUAGAAUCCAGGAGAGUGGGAAGUCGGUCACGGGAUUGAACACCGGAGCGCUUCUUAAUGUCCAGAGCGGGACAGCUGCCUCUCCGGCUCAGACUCCAAACCCUUCAACAGCGCCUCCACGUAUGUUUUCCGAUAGGUGUGUUAAUGUAUUCUUCCAGGAGUGGGCUCCUCUCUUCCCCGUGCUUCAUAAACCUAGCUUUUUGCGUUUGUAUGAAGAGUACAUGUCGAAUCCGGACCAGAUGACGGAUCCCCACAAGUUAGCGCAACUCCAUCUCGUAUUUGGAAUUGCGGGGCUUUCCAGCGAUAUGCCGGAGCGGGAUCAGAUUGCCCUGUGUGAGAAUCAAUGGCGCGCCUCUCUCGAAGCUGUCCUUAUGGACAACACCCUUGUGACCCUUCAGUGCCUAAUCCUUGCUCUGCUCUACUGUAUCUCCAAGGCCGAUUACAAUCGAUUACAACACUACAAGGGAAUUGCUGUUGCACUCUCUCAUCGACUCGGCUUGCACCAAAAUCAGAAACGCUUCUCCUUUGGCGCUUUGACCAUCGAGACGCGGAAGAAAGUGUUUUGGACUCUCUAUACUGUGGACUGCUUUUCCGCAGCUCUACUGGGUCUCCCAAAAUUACUUAAGGAGGAAGAUAUCCAUGCUGAAUACCCCUCCGAUGCAGAUGAUGAGUAUGUUACCGAGAAGGGUUUCCAACCUACACUUCCUGGCGAAUGCACUAAAAUUUCAAGUGCUCUGGCUCUCUUCCGCGUGUCACGAAUUCUCUCGAAAGUCCUGGACCAGAACUAUCCCGCAGCGGCGACCCAUGACCUGUCUUUGCAAUCCCUAAUUUCUCUGGAGAACGAGCUGAACGAAUGGGCCAAUGUCCUUCCGGCACAUCUCAAGCUCACAUUCGUUCAAGAUAAGCCAUCAACGGAUAUCACUGGAAACCGUUCCGCAUUAUUGUCCCUUGCAUACUACUAUAUUCGUUCCCUGAUUCACCGUCCUGCGGUCGGUUCAAGCUUAGGCAGCAAAUCUUCCCCGUCUGUGAUUUCCCUUGCCGAUUCUAGUAAACACAUCAUCCAAAUUGUGCAACUUCUGGAUGAGAGAAACAUGUCAUUUUCGUUCUGUCUUAACAGGAAUGAAAUGCUCACGCUUUGUGGUUUGAGUCUCUUGUACCAGAGCUUGGAUCUGAAACAAGAGGGCAAACUUAUGCAAGAUGGUCAUCGGUUGGUCCUCGUUGUUAUCAAGUACCUUGAGAAUUCUAAAGCACCUGGAGCAGCCGACUUCAAGAGACUCGCAGCGUCUAUGAUCAAUCUAGAUGGCCAAUCCAAGCCCACUAAUGGCCGAGAGAAUACCCUGUCAGCUCCAUCAAGCGCAAAGUCUACUCCAUCACCUUCUUCAGCCCCGAAGCAGCUGCAGCCUCAAUUUCAGGGGCAUGCAUGCGCCAACAUGAUCGAAAUCAAUAACAUGUCGCAGCAGGAGAAGCUCAGACGGGCUACUCUGCCAGACAUCGCGGUUCAAUCUCCCGGGAGUCAACAGUACGGACGUACAUCUUUGGACUCGGCGCGACCCGAAUCGCCGAUGUAUAAAUCCCAUCCUCAGUUACCGACAUUGUUGAAAGCACGAGCGAUCAAAAACCCUAAACUGCCAAAUCUCGACUACCUCUCACUCAACAACACUCCCGUAUCGUCGCAACCUCAAUCACCUGUUCCAGGGCGAUCGAGUCUUCCCGCACAGAACUCGCACGGCUCUCUAUUCCCUACCUCUGCUUACACUGGCCCGAAACCAAACCCAGUACCGACAGAAUGGGAGGUUCUGCUAGGUUCCUUUGAUGACCGCCAUCUAUACGAUGCCAUCUACGGUGGUGGGCCAGCUACAGUCCCCCCGUCGACAGACGAGACCCAUCCCUCAAAGCCAGAUAACUGGGUUCCAGAUUCAUGGGAUUAUACUCCAGUAAUGGUGGACGAUUUCACAAAUGCUAAUGCUCCACGGAGCGUACUGUCCUUUUCAGAAGAGAGCUUAAGUUCGGGCGAGGAGCUUUCGGCGAACGAGAUGGGACUACCCGAUACUGUCCCUGAUUACAAGAAUCCUCCUAUAAUACCUGGAACAGCGACGUCGGGUGAUGGGUAUGCCUACCUCCUUGACGGCUUAGACGGGGGCAACUUCGGCUUAUGA